AUGACUCUCCCAUUUCGCGACAUCAACGUCCAGGUGGCUCCCGAUUCCUACACAUUCACCUCUCCUUCUUCCCCCAAUGCGCCCGCUCUCGUUAUCGAUCGUCCCACUGGGGACUUGCGCCUCAGCGAGGGCACCUCCUAUCCUAACAAGCGAGUGUCCCGCAUCACGAGCAUCGCCGGUAUACUGGGUGUCGUCCGAUUGAGACUGGACAAAUAUGUCAUCGUUAUCACCAAAGCCCAGCCCAUGGGCCGUCUCAAAGGCCAUAUGGUGUACAAAGUCGUCUCGACCGACCUUCUGCCUAUGCGCGAACGUCAAAUCAGAGACCCCGAUGAGGACAUGUUCAUAUCUCUGCUCAAGACCUUCGUGCUGCCCGGUCCUAUGUACUUCUCCUACUCCCUCGACCUCACCAACAGUUUCCAACGGCAGGCUUCCAUGGACAACACCACCCCUCUGUGGCAACGAGCCGAUGACCGCUUCUACUGGAACAGAUUCGUGUCCACCGACUUGAUCGACUUCCGCAAGAGAGGCAGCCGGUCACAACCAGGUCCACAAGCCGCCGCAGACCCCUUCAUCCUUCCAGUCAUGUGGGGCACACUUGAAAUCCGCCCGACUACUCUCAAGGGUACGCCGUUGACGAUCGGCCUAAUCACACGAAAGUCCCGUUAUCGGGCUGGUACACGAUAUCUGACCAGAGGUCUUGACGAGGAUGGUAAUGCUGCCAACUACAAUGAGACAGAACAAAUCCUCAUUUUGAAUGAUUCCAAUGGCGGACUAGGGGGCUAUGCUGGAAGCAACGACAUGCAGAGUGGCAAAUUUGGAGCAUCCAGCGGCAAGGAGAUGCAGGUAUUGUCCUAUGUCCAGACACGAGGAAGUGUGCCGGCCUUGUGGGCUGAAGUCAACACUCUCAAGUAUACCCCAAAGAUUCAAGUUCGUGGCGUCGAAGCAGCAUUGCCAGCGGCACAGAAGCACUUUGACCAGCAGAUCCGCAUCUAUGGUGAUAAUUAUCUGGUUAAUCUCGUCAAUCAAGGCGGUCGUGAGAAGCGCAUCAAGGAACUUUAUGAGCAAGUGGUAGAAAAGCUUGUCUCGUCUUCGCGGGAAAGCGUUAAGGGUGACUCCCGGACUGAUGAGAAGUUCCAUAUCAUUGAGCCCGCGACUUCGCAGCAGAAGUUCGACCGCCUGCAUUACGUCUACUUCGAUUUUCAUCACGAAACCAAGGGUAUGCAGAUGCAUCGUGCCAUGUUGCUUGUCGACAGAUUGCAGGACGCUUUGAUCGCUCAGCAAUACUUUCGCGGAAUUGAUAUGCCUGCUAAUGGCGGCCUCGAAACCCGGAAUUUUCAAACGAGCGUAGUCCGCACAAAUUGCAUGGACUCUCUCGACCGUACCAAUGUGGUUCAAAGCAUGCUAGCCCGUUGGACGUUGGACCGUAUGCUCAUUGAUCUUGGUGUUCUGCAGAAGGGAGAAAAUUUUGCCGAUGUUGACCACGAUUUCUACUACAUGUGGCGCAACAUUUGGGCCGACAAUGCCGAUACAGUUUCCCGUGCCUACGCUGGCACAGGCGCCAUGAAGACGGAUUUGACUCGCAUGGGCAAGCGAACGAACGGUGGCAAGCUCCAAGAUCUCAAUGUAGCUAUCUCGCGCUUUUACCUCAACAACUUCCGGGAUGGUCCCCGGCAAGAUGCCUUCGACGUCUUCCUUGGCGCCUAUGAUGCCAGCUCUGCCAACAUUGGCUCUGCUCUUGUAUUUGCCGACCGCAGACCCAUUCUCAUCCAGAGUAUUCCCUAUAUCCUUGCUUUUAGUGUCUUCGUGAUUUUCCUAUCUCUUUUCACACGCCGUGCUCCGGAUGCGGCCGUCUUGCCUCUGCGGCUUUUUAUUUUCGUCUGGCUCGCAGUGGCCGUCUAUUGUGCACAGUUCAUAUUGAAGAACGGAAUGCUAUUUGUCAACUGGCCCAAACUCAACCCCAGACCCUGGCAAAUUGAAGGUUACCAGGACACCAUCAGCAAAGUCCGGAAAGACAAGCUGCUUGGUCCAUUUGUCGCCAAGCAUGAGCGCGGACUCAGCACGGCUAGGUAUAUGAGCGCUGAGGAGGGCAAGAAGAGAAUUGAGUAG